AUGAGCGGUGCCCCAGUAAAGCGACGUCGCUUCGACAGCGACGAUGACGAGGACGAGUACGUCGCCGGUGCUUCAAACUCCCCUCUUCUUCAGCACGCCGUUAGCACGCCAUUCCCGACGGACGAGAUGCCCAGCCUAGACGACGGAGAGGGAGAGGGCGACACAGUAGACACAUUACUCAGCAUCAGGGUAACGGCGCCAUCGACGCACCUAGAGGCGGACAGCCCCACAAGUCUGGUGAAAACCACAGCAGACGGGCCUGCACUAGGGCAGCCGAUCGCUGCCGCUUCACGCAAGCCGCACUUGCCUCUGGAAGAGGACGAGGACAUUCCUGCCGAGUACAGGGGCCUCAUCUCUGCAGAGCUGCUGCGCGCCCUCUUUGUACCGCUGGACUACAUUUGCAAGCAGAGGCGCUGCACAGAUGUGCUGCUGUCUCAGUACGCGCCGGCAGCAGUCGCGUCGAGCUCGACACCAGGGCGUAAGCUGCACCACAACGCAUACGGGAUCGAUCCUGGGUUUCGCUGGGAUGGUGUCGUGCGCGGACGUGGCCCGGUUGAUUGA